UCGGUACGCGAAGCUUUUUUUAUACACAGGCCUGGCACACUCAAAGAGUGGUUACACGCACGCUCAGCUGCCCAAUCCACAGCAGCAGGUCGCACAAGCAUCACAGAAAUUGGAAGCACAUGAACCACAUGUUGGAAACAUGGUGAUGGUGCAGAUACUCCAUGUGCAACAUCCCCAGGAUUUUCAUGUAAUGUGGCACAAAGAUGGAGAAAAAUACGAAGCCAAACAAACCGAGCUUCAGCAUGUCAUGAAUGGCAUGAGUCUCGCCAAUCUGGAGCCCAUCUAUAUGGGUAGAUUGCAUAUGGCUUGCGUUCUGCAGUGGGAAGGUCAAUGGCAUCGUGCUCGCAUCGAGGAAAUGCUGCCGGAUGGUUAUGUCGUGGUUCGUUUUGUGGACAGCGGUAUAAAACAGAAGCUAUACUGGGAUAUGCUGCUUAUGCUGCCGAAAGAGCUCUGGCAUCCUGAGUUUGCCAUCAAAUGUUGCCUGGCCGAUGUCGAACCACUCCAGAAACAUAGUUAUGCUUGGACAAAGGCAGGAAUCGACGCAUUUAAACAGCUGACUUCCAAUCCUAAGCUGAUUAUGGAAGUGAUCUCUGUGCGUGACAAUGUAGCUCAUGUUGCGUUGCAGUUCACAUGCUCUGGCCGCGACAACACGAAUGUGGCUGCAUUGCUGGUGGCACAAGGGCAUUGUUUGUCUAAUGGCGAAAGUAGUAAGGUUAGAGAACUGACGGUUGUCAAUCAACCGCCUAUCGAUGCGGAUACACGCAAAUUGAUAGAGUUGACCAAGAAAGAGUUUAAAGAUGUGGAGCAACCUAAGCCUGAUGACAAGCUGGCACCAACAAUUCAACGUAGCGAAAUUGAGGUGCUUCACGUUGUAAGUCCCAGUGAAUUCUACGUCAACUUGAAGCAAUUUAUGAUCGGCUUAGCCGAGUUGAAAAAGUCCGUACAGAAUGCAGCCGUUGCCAUGAAUGAGACGGAAGGGCACUCGCUUCAAACUGACUGGGAGCCAGGCAACAUGUGUUACAUCUGGGUUAAGGCCAAGGCGGACAUGAAUGUAUUCUGGCAUCGUGGUAAAAUUAUCAGCGUGGCCGAUGAAACCGAUGUCGAGGAUAAAUACAAUGUUCAACUGUGCGAUAUUGGCGAACUGGUCGAAAUGGUACCUGCCUCCAGCUUAUUGCCAAUUGAUGAUGCUAUGGCGCUUAUCGCAAACGGCGCAUUGCGUUGCCAACUGUACGGCAUUAGUGCAAAGGAUGGGGCUUGGUCACCAAAGGCGAUUCAAUUCUUUAAGGCCCAGUUGGUCGCAUAUGAUUUGCUGUAUGUGACAGGCCAUGGCCGUGAUGGCGACUGUGCGAAUGUCAAUUUAUGGGGUUCAUUCAUCGUGAUCUCUGGUCCCUUUUCUCCAGAGCGCACUACAUUCGUUAGCAUUAAUGAAGAACUGGUCAAGAACGGAUGGGCCGUUAAGGAUGGCAACAAACAUUACGAUCUGCCAGAACACUUUGCUUCACUAAACACAAUAACAAUGAUGGAUACAAAUAACUUUGACGAUGACGAGGUCUUGGUGGACCUGGAAAAAGUGGACAGACUAAAUGCUGUGACACCUGUAAUGUUUGGAACACUUCCGGAUCAAUCUUUCGACUACAGUGAUGAAAUGCCUCCACUUCAACUGUUGGAAAAUUUCAAUGAUAAGACACCCACCACAGGUUGCAAUGAAGCGCCUUUGGCAUGGCGAACGCCGCGUGAUUGCAAGAAAAGUAUCUUUACGGCGCUGCCCACGUACGUCAAUUACCAAUGUGAGAUCUAUCUGAGUCUGAGUACUGAUAAGCCAUUUAAUAAGCAUAUGUGCGAGUUGCUAGCGGUACACUUCAGUCUUGAGUUCCAGAACCAAGUGCCAGGUACUUAUGUGGUGGGACAACCGGUGGUGGUCAGGUAUCAUUUGGACCAGAAAUUCUAUCGCGGCAUUGUGCAGAGCAAGAUCAGCUCAAAGGGCGAGUAUCGUGUCUACUAUGUGGACUAUGGGAAUGUGGAGAAAACGCUGCCUGCAGAUAUGAUUCCCUUUGCACCGUUUCCGCAUUUGAAUGCUAUGUGCUUUCGCAUUGCCCUCGAUGGUAUGCGACCCAAAGAGCAUAAGUAUGAUCUAAAUACAAUGGAUGUGCUGCACAAUGCUGUAGUUAUGAAAUUGUGCAGUAUUCGCGUUAUGGAAUCUAAAGCGCCAAAUGGAUUGCCACUGUGUCAAGUCAAGGUGGACAACGAAGAUGUUGUCACCAUGAUGGUAUCGAAUGGCUGGGUCUUGCGUAAAACAUCACAUGAUAAGCAAGAAGUUGCACUGCCUCGUCCCAAAAUGCUCGAGAGUUUCAAAAUGUUCGAUGAGCUACAACAAUUGGGUGAAGUGAACAACAAUACGACUGUACAACCGCCUCCAGCGAAGAAGAAAUACACAAUGCAAAACCAACAGAUGCAACAUUUUGAAUGCGAUGAGGAUUUCGAUUGCAAAGAAGAAGCGCUACAACAAUUGCAAAUGAGCAUCAAUUGCGAACAAAAGUCCGUCAAUGGUUUCUCAGAUGACUAUACUGAGAACAAUGAUGAUGGCAUUCCGCUUAUCGAAAAGAAAGUUCUCCCUAUCUCUACGAGUCCUGAGCCAGAUUCAGCCAGAUAUUCGUCAUCAUCACAUAGAUCAGCCAUAGAUCAGGUUCGACGUCGCAUUCAAUUGCGUAACAAGGAUCGGCUGGAUACCUCCCAUUUCUCACCAAUGGACACUUCUACGGAGCGUUCUUAUCACACUGAUGUCGGCGGCGUGAAGGCACCCAAUUUGCCACGAGGCGUCAUACACUUUAAAUGCAGCAUCGAUAAGGUACUAUCAGCCACAGAAUUGCAGAUAUCCCCUAAGUUAUCCGAGUUUACGAAGCACGACAUUGGGUUGACCCAGGAGACAAGCGCAUUAAUCAAGAGAGCCAAACGACUGUAUCCUGUGGUUUUGGAUGCUGUAUGCCUAGCACGCUAUACUCAGGACAACGAAUGGUAUCGUGCCAUUAUCAAAGAACUACAUCAAUCCUCGCAGCAGGCAACAGUUUUUUAUAUUGAUUUCCAUGACACCGAAAUGGUACCAUUCACUGAUCUCAAAUCUAUCCCGAAAGAGCUAUUUAUGUUUCCGCGUCGCACCUUCCGCGUAAAUUUGCACGGCAUCCGAAUUAAUACGAAUUUCAACGAGACCGCCGUGCGCCAUUCACUUCAAACUUGUCUCUGCAAAUAUCCCGAGGUCUUCGUUCGGGUCCACUACCCACCUAAUUACCACGAUAACAGCAAUGAUGACUCUAGCGAAGAAUCUAUGUUUGUCUCCAAAAAAGAAUUUCAGCUUCUUGAGGUCGAUAUCUUUGAGGAUGAGUACACAUCAAAUUUACUCUAUAAGCCAUUAAUUGACAGUAAAAUGUUCUUAUUGAAGUAGUUCUACAUUAUCACGCCUAAUUCGUUGGAGCUUGAAGUAUUCAAAUGAAUUUCAAAUUAUUUAAUUUUAAUUUUUUUUUUUUUACAUACUUGAAUAUGUAUUUCAAUUUUAAGUUCUUGUGUUAACUCAAUUUAAAUAUGAUUCAGAAUUUGAAGAUUAUACACGACAUUCAGUUUCCUUUUCAAUAUUAGCUGCUAUAUUUCAGUUUUUUCUGUUUCUUUCAAAAUAUAUAAUAAAACAUCUGGUAAUUAUCCAUAAAUUGCAUUUAUUUCUUCCACAAAAUGGGUUUUGUUUUAUUUUGUUUGUUGUUUCAUUAAUUCUCGUUGAAAUUUGUAUGUAAGUUGUAAAUAUUUGAAAGUGGUUUUGUAUUUUUUUUUUUUUUGUUUUUCAUGUUUUGUUUUUCAUUUGUUUUUGUUUUCCAUAUUAUCGUGUAAUGAAUUAUUUAAUUUAAUUCUCAUGCUUAUGCUGUGUUGUGUUUGCUUAAAAACUAGAAAUUUUAACUAAUCGCUUCUUAAUCGAAACCAUCGAAAACAAUUAUUGAAAAUAGCCUAGAGAAGUUGCAACUACUACAAAUCAAAUAUAUAUAUAUACUACAUACAUCGAAAUGGUUUACUUUUUAUGUUUUACGUUUAGUUUUAGCUUUAUGUUAAUUCAAUAUGACAGUUGUGUUCGUGUACGUUCGAUCGCUGGCAGAGUGUUUUGUCUCCUUGAUUGCAAAAUACAAAUUGACAGUAUAACAAUUCACAAUAUUUCUUCAUCUUGUUGUUGUUACUGUUAUUGUUAUCGUUACGUAUAUAUGUGUGUGUGUAUGUGUAUUUGCUUGGUGGUUUAGAAUGUGCUCAAGUUUCGAAAACUCAAAGAUAGUAAUUUGAAUAUAAUAAUUAUAUUUAAACCAAUUGCAGCUAACUUAAAUUAACUAGAUUUGUGUUGUCCUCUAACAUAUAAGAGUUGACACUAUAUAAAGUAAAUAUAGACAUAAAUCAAUAAAAUUAA